AUGGCGGGUAGAAGUUCAUCUGAAGAGACUCCAAGUCAGCGGCGUGGUUCUUCCCGAGAUAAGAAAACCCUGGUUCUCGUGGGCACUACUGGCGUAGGCAAAUCCAGCCUCGGGAAUGUGCUCCUCGGACUCGAUCCCACCGUGGAAUCGGAUGACGACCAGCAGCAGCAAGAAGGGUUCGUCACGUCUGCGUCAACAGAGACGUGCACUGAAGCUGCGGAAUGCCGCGACGGGUUCUGGCUGGGGAAUACGUCGAAACCCGUCAGGAUAUUCGAUACCCCGGGUCACGGGGACGCCAAUGACCGCGAUUACUCAUUUCGUGAGUCCCUAGCUGAAAGCAUGCGGAGGGAGAAGCACGUGCACGCGUUCAUUUGGGUGAAGAAUUUCGAGGAGCCGCGAUUCGAUCAUCAGGACGCGUCUUUCUUCAAUGUCUUCAGCCAGAUGUUUGGCAAUGGGUUCAUGCGGAACCUCGUUGUCGUCUUGACCAGAUAUAAUUAUUCUUCGGACGCUAGACGGAGACGCCAACGCGCCAAUUCCUCCCUCACAAGAACCAUGGAAGGCAUUCGGAAUCAACUCCGCAUCCAAGACCUGCCAAUUUUCGCAAUCGACGCCCUGCACGACCCCGAGGACGAGACCCAGUCGCGCAAAUUCCAGGAAAAAUCCGCCGCCCUGUGGGACGUCAUCAGAGACUUUUCUCGACAACCCGUUUCCAACGUACAGGCAGUCAAAACCGAGUUGGAAGAACUCAAUCGGCGUUACAAAAGACUCCAAAAAUCUGUGGAGAAAAAGGACGAGGCUCACGCGCAAGAAAUAAAGGCGAUUAAAGCCAAACAAAAGGAACUUCGCAGGGCGCAAAAGGACGAGGAGAAUAAGUGGGAGUCCCUCCUCGACUCGGUCAAAGAAUCGUACGAAAAUUCCUGCGCAGAAAUGCGACGAAUGUCGUCGGAUCAUCAAGCGGGAAUGAAGAAGCUGGAAGAACAAAACGCGGAACUCAAAGCAAAGUACCAGAGGCAAAAGAAGAAGGUGGAAGAUUUGCAAGCAGCGCAGAAUCAACGACAAGAGCCAUUCGGAGGUCUUCUUGGUCCAUGCACAGGUCCUCCUCGUCAUCGUCCAUGGUUCUCAUGAGUGUGCAGUUCUUAUUGUAAAAGAUAAGAAGAGGAAAAGAAUAAUCGAGUUUUGCUCCCUUUUCUCUUCAUGCUUUCGAAAAAAAAAACCGAAUUUUGAGUUCCUCAUCUCCACAAAAGCCAAACUAUAAAUAAAAACAGAAAUCUGGUUCCCUCCGAAACAGCGAAUAUGUUUGACGAAUGGAUUCUUUUCUGCUGACUUUAAAAUCCCCAACAUUCCACUUACUGUAUUUCUAUAAAUUUUGCCGGAUCAGGUGUUCAUCAUUAUGAGGUGUAAAACCCACUGAUGACAUCUCAGAACCUACCGCAUUAUUCGUUUUAUUCUUUCGAUUUUGCGUCUCAAACCUGCCACAAAAAAAAGGAUUGAAUUCAUGGAUUUAAAGAGGGUGGCUGAAAAUUUCAAUUAGUCUACAGCGAGAACUUUUUUUUUCCAUCAAUGAGUUGUGCAUAUAGUAAAAAGCUUCUGGACUUUCGUAUGAGCAAACUAAUGACGUUCCAUAUCCUAAUCUGCACGUGCCAAUAAAUAGAAAGCAACAACGGGUUUCCCGCUUUUCUUGCAUAAUACUGUACUGUACAUUGCUUAUACAAAUUUCAUUGAGUGAAAUUGGACAGAUGUCGCUUCUGUUUCACCUUUGCUGAUGACGUGUAACCUAUUCAAAGAAAUAUACUGUACUGCAUAUACAAUAUAUGCAAUGAAGGCAUUCUAAAAAUGGAAAGCGUGUUCUUUAUUAUUUGAGCUUUUGAUUUCCGAAAAAUCCGAUAAUUUUGACGGAAAUAUGCUAGUACACAGCAGGUGGACCCUAACUAAAAUGGAAUUGAAGUGACCAGAAUAAAUUCUUUACAGAGAAUUCCAAAUAUAAUAUGGGGAGAGAACCCUAUACAGUAUGUGUAUAUGCCGGGGAAAAUUUUUUCGUUACACAGAGAUGAUAAUCUUUGUAAAGAGAGUCCAACUGCAUUAUGUAAAUGUCCUUACACUGAAUUCG